AUGCCACUGGUGAAGAGGAGCAUCGAGCCCAAACACCUGAGCAGAGGAGCUUUACCUGAGAGCAUCAGCAAUGAGCUGGAGUGUGUGACCAACAACACCCUCUCGGCCAUCAUACGCCAGCUCAGCAGCCUUAGUAAACAUGCAGAAGACGUGUUUGGUGAGCUCUUUAAUGAAGCCAACACAUUCUACCUGCGUGCAAACUCUCUGCAGGACCGUAUUGACCGUCUCGCAGUCAAGGUCACUCAGCUGGACUCUAGUGUGGAAGAAGUUUCACUGCAGGAUAUUAAUAUGCGUAAAGCGUUUAAGAGCUCUACUGUUCAAGACCAGCAGGUGGUGACAAAGAGCAGCGUUCCAAACCCCAUCACGGAGAUGUACAACACCAGCGACAAACCACCGCCGCUCAACAUACUGUCUGCCUACAGGGAUGAUCACAUUGACGGAAUUAAGUUCUACACUGACCCCUCCUAUUUCUUUGACUUGUGGAAGGAGAAAAUGCUUCAAGACACUGAAGACAAGAGAAAAGAGAAGAGGAAGCAUAGGGAGCAGAAACGCUGUGUUGACGGUACGCUGCCUCGUGAGGUGAAGAAGGUUCGUAAGGCUCAUAACCGCAGACAGGAAUGGAACAUGAUGGCUUUUGAUAAGGAGCUGCGGCCUGAGCAUCGUCAUCUUCAUCAUCAUCAUCAUCCUCAUCAUCCACUUCACAGAGGAGCAUCAUCUGAGGGCUCGCUGUCUCCAGAGGGAAGCUCAGAGUUUCCAGUGCACCCUCAAGCUGGAGCGCACACACACCCGCGCGUGUUCAUGUCUGUGGACUCCGCAGCAUCUGGUGCUAAUGGGGCGGUGGAGCACGAGUACCACAGUAUUGGUGGUCCUGGAGCUGCGGAUGGAGCUUUCAGAGUGGCUUCACUGUCUCGAGUGCAUCCAAACCCUCCACAGUACACGCAUGCUGAGAAUGGAGUCAACGGGAACAUCACACUUCCUCCAACAGACUACGGUAUGAUGGAGUAUUAUGCCAGUUCAGGUCCUCCUCCUCCUCCACCUCCUCCACCGAUGGCUCCUCUUAUUCCCUCUGCACAGACAGCGUUUGCUUCUCCUCCUGCUACUCCUCAUGCCGGACCAGUCUCUUCAGCUUUACACUAUCCUCUUCCACCUGUCCCGCCUGCUUUAUCACCUCCUCCUGAAGGUCCAGCUCCUCCUCCAGCUCCUCCUGUUCCUCCUCAUCCUGAGGGACGGAGGCUGAAUCUGCAGGCCGGCACAGACGCUCGCAGCGACCUGCUGUCAGCGAUACGCAUGGGCAUUCAACUAAAGAAAGUACAGGAGCAACAAGAGCAGCAGGCUAAAAGAGAGCCGGUGGGCAAUGAUGUGGCCACUAUUCUCUCCCGCCGCAUCGCCGUCGAGUACAGCGACUCAGAAGACGACUCAGAGCUGGAUGACAACGAAUGGUCAGACUGA